UCGAAAUUUUUAUUUUGGAUUUAACGCGAGCUACCCGUCUAUAUAUACCACUAUAUAUAAUAUCCGUCUAUAUGUGCUACCAUAUCGAAAUCGGUUCUAUUUAUCGGCACACACAAAUAAUCACAUUCGGAUGGCCAACGUAAUUUGACAUCGGCCAAUAAAUAAACUAAUAAAGUACAAAAAAAGGUGUACAAGUUUGAAAAACGCUGAGCUCAUUAUUUCUGCCUAAUUAGCAUACAAAUCGUAGAGAGAGGCUCUAAGUCGGCUGUAAAUGUUAAUAAACAAAAUAAAAAUAUGUUUCUUCCAUUGGGAAAAUGAGUGUUGAUUGCUAAUCGUUAAUUCCUUAGCAAUUUAUAGUGCAAUAAACAUAAAUCGUGACCCAGUGACAUAGUUGAAUUCACCUUAUCAGCAGCACCGUUUUCAAUCGAGUCUAAAACAACAAUUACAGCUACAAUUAAUAAAUAUUAUUUGUAAACUGUGUGAAAGCAAAAAUCACGUGCCUCUAAUUGCAAUACUUGUUCGCAUUAAUUAGUGUUAAAUACGCUCGCUAUCGCAUUUGUGUUUUUUUCUUAGCCGGGCAGAACAAUUGUAAAUCUGCCCGAGUAUCACUUUCCCAGCUGCGAUUCCCUGACAAAUUUAUGCUCCACUUUCAUGUUAUGGAAUUUUCAAUGGACUCCAAAAAAACUAAAAGGCACAAAUCAAAAUCCAAAUGAGCAGCACCUGAGCGAUCCAGCUGCCUCGCCCUCCACCUCCAGUCCAGCCAACAACAACGCAACAGCUGGAGCGGCAACAACAUCAACAGCCACUGUAAUCACUGCGGUGGGUGGAGCGGGCGGUGGCGUAGCGGCAGCGGGAGUGGGCGUGGUUACACCAACAAAGAGCCCACAGCGUAACGCUUUCCAGGAAGAUGCUUAUCAGGCGAACCUGGCUGGCGGCGAUAGCGUCGAUAACAUUGAAUCAGCUCAAUUGGAUGGUGGCAAUCCGAGUGGUGGAUCGCCCGGCCAGCGUCACUCGAUAAACUCGGCGGAAUACACAUCCACACCAAAGACGACUCGUAGCGGUCCGAAUGGUAGCACCACGGCCAGUGGAACAACGUCGCCCAUUAAUUACCAGCUGCCCGGCGAUGACUAUCCGUAUGGCAUAGAAUAUGAGUCACAGCAACUGCUAUACCAACAGCAACAGCAGCAGCAGCAACAACAGUCGCAACAACAACAACAGCAGCAGCAGCAGCAACAACAACAAUUGCCAGUAGGCGAUGUGGAGCAAUCGUCAGCGGUAACAUACCAAAGUUUGCCGGUCAGUCGCCAGAGUUACGCUUCACCGCCAGCUCUGAUCAUUCCCCAGCGGCAGUCGCUGCUUCCCUGGGGAGCUCAUUCCAGGAGUUCGAUCAUCAACGUCCUGCCCAGUUACACGCAAGCCGAGAUGCAUGCCUUGGCCGCCAGGGUGGCCAGCGUGGAGACCUCAGCUCCACGACCUGGUGAGAUCGUGAUGCGUAAUCUGUUCAGUGACUUUACGGCCCAAGCUGAGAAGAAGAUCGAGCUGGUGAUGCUGGAGAGUGCCGAUAAGAAUCUAUCGAAGCUGCUGCAGCGCGGCGAGGAUCAGCAAUUCGAUCAGUUACUAUCCGCUCUGGGCUCAGUGGCCGAGCACUGCCUGCCAUCGUUGCUGCACACCUUGCUGGCCUGGCAUCGUCGCCAGUUGUCCGACAUGGAGAUCAAGAAUGACCUCAAGAAACCAGCACCGAGUGGCAGUAGUUCGCAGGCGGCAACCAAUAAGCCCACCGUCGAUCUGGACUUUCAGCUGCAGCGUAGGGAAGCGGCUGUGGAGUUCAUUUUUUGUCUGGCUCUCAUCGAGAUACUCAAACAGUUACCGUAUCAUCCGGGCCACGAGGAUUUGGUGCGCAGCAUCGAGAAUCUGGCCUUUAAGCACUUCAAGUACAAGGAUGGUUUGCAGAACAAUCCAAAUGCCCUCAAUAUCCACAUGAUUGCGGAUCUGUAUGCAGAGGUUAUCGGUGUGCUGGCUCAAAGUCGAUUUGCAUCGGUGCGCAAGCGUUUCAUGAGCGAGCUGAAGGAGCUGCGCGGCAAGGAGGUGUCACCAACGACCACCCAGAGCAUCAUCAGUCUGCUGAUGGGCAUGAAGUUUUUCCGGGUCAAGAUGGUGCCCAUUGAGGAGUUCGAGGCGUCCUUUCAGUUUAUGCACGAGUGCGGUCAGUACUUUUUAGAAGUCAAGGAUAAGGAUAUCAAGCAUGCGUUGGCUGGACUGUUUGUGGAAAUCCUGGUGCCUGUGGCGGCGGCCGUUAAAAACGAGGUGAAUGUUCCGUGCGUUAAGAACUUUGUGGAACUGCUCUAUGUGCAGACCUUGGAUGCCUCCACCAAGUCUAAGCAUCGAUUGGCUCUCUUUCCGCUGGUCACCUGCUUGCUCUGCGUCUCGCAAAAGACUUUCUUCCUGACCAACUGGCAUUACUUCCUGGCCAUGUGUUUGAGUAAUUUGAAGAACCGCGAUGCCAAAAUGAGCCGCGUGGCUCUCGAGUCACUGUUUCGCCUACUGUGGGUCUAUAUGAUCCGCAUCAAGUGUGAGUCCAACUCGGCCACUCACUCCCGUCUCCAGAGCAUUGUUAACUCUCUGUUUCCCAAGGGCUCCAAAGGAGUUGUGCCACGUGACACUCCACUGAACAUCUUUGUGAAGAUCAUCCAGUUCAUCGCCCAGGAGCGUCUGGACUUUGCCAUGCGCGAGAUCGUUUACGAUUUGCUGUGCGUAGGUCGUUCGAUUAAGCUAAUCCUGAAUCCGGAACGCAUGAGCAUCGGAUUGCGAGCCUUCUUGGUCGUCGCCGAUUCACUGCAGCAGAAGGCUGGUGAGCCACCGAUGCCCAGAACGGUGCCAGUCCUUCCAUCUGGUAACACACUGCGAGUAAAAAAGACGUUUAACAAGAUGUAUGUUUUGUUAACGGAUGACACCGCCAGAAGUAUUGGAAUGUCUACGUACUUUCCACAUGUGCGUAGGGUUUUUGUGGAUAUUUUGAGAGCUUUGGAUGUUCAUUAUGGUCGUCCACUGAUGAUGACCAAUACACAGAACCAGAACAAGGAGCCGGACGAGAUGCUCUCCGGUGAAAGAAAGCCUCGCAUCGAUCUCUUCCGAACGUGUGUUGCCGCCGUACCGCGAUUGAUACCCGAUACAAUGACCCCUCACGAGCUUGUCGACAUGCUCUCCAGACUGUCGGUCCACAUGGAUGAGGAGUUGCGAAUUCUAACCCACCAGUCGCUUACGACUUUGGUCAUAGAUUUCCCGGAUUGGCGUCAGGAUGUCGUGCACGGUUACACUCAGUUUCUGGUGCGCGACGUCACCGACACCUAUCCGCAGCUGCUGGAGAACUGCACGCGCAUCCUGUUCACUUUCCUCAACAUCUGGCGGUGUGCCACAAAUGUGAACGGGAAUAACACUACCAGUGCUCCUAGCGGAGCAACCAAUGUGGUCAAUACAUCACAAGCCAAAAUGACUACGGCCACCACAACGACAACGGUGGUGCAGGCUACAGUGGUUCAGGUCACAUCAGCGCCAGCCAAGGACACCGCCAGCAGUCAGUUGUCCAAGCAGCAGCAUUUGAAUACGGCCAGUAGUGCUGCAUCCAGCAUAACUACCUCAAGCGGAAUGUCCAGUAUCACGCAACACACCGUGCUGAACAUGGCCAGCGAUGUGGGCAAGAAGAAUGAAAUCCCUCUGGCCACCACUCUGCAUUUUGUGGAGGGCUUUGCCCUGGUGCUACUCUGCAACUAUCGCACGUAUCUGCGCAAGCUGGCCGCGUUGAUACUCAAGGAAGUAAAGAAUCUGAUGCGAGCAUUGGGUAUCCCAGAAACGGAGCCGCCGCUCAUCGAUGUCAUGGAUCGUUGUGUGCCUGGCAUCAUAGAGAAGUGCCUGCCACAGCUGCCGCAGACGGAGAAGACGGCUAUUCUGAAUGCCAAUUGCAUUGAUCUGCAGUGGAUAGCUGAAAGGUCGAGUGGAGUGUGGCUAGCUGGACUGACAGAUGACAACUCGAAAUCCUCUACGUCUACGCUUAACCUCUCGCAGUCCAGUUCAACACCGAAUGCCUCGGCAACGGCGGCCAGCUCUCCGCAGCUUCCGUUCGAUCCCUGGGCGACUUGUUUGUUUGGAUUGCUGGAACGACAGAAUGUCCUGCAACAGUGCCCAUCGGCUGUGGCGCAGGCCUGGCCAAUUUGCUUCACGCGCCUGAAUGCGUUGUACAGUGUCAUUGAUCCCACCCCCGUGAGCGACAAUCGAGCUUCGUUGCUGCGAAGUUCGGCGCCCACCAAGAAAGUGCCCACCGAGAGCCAGAAGGAUUCAUAUUUGCGUCUUUGGAGGAAUCAGGUGGCCUGUGCCAUGCGACUAGUGCCCCAAAUUCCCAGUGUCGCCGUUCGAUGUGCUUCACCUGACUUGAGUUUGAGUUUACAAGAUCAGUCGGACUCGCGUUCGCUGUCCGAUUCCUUGGACAAUAUACCAUCCAAUGUGUUUGGGCCCGAGGGAAUCGUCACGCGUUUCACGCUGCCACUCUCCUAUGGACGCAAAGAGGCGCGCCAAAAGCGACUUGGCUCAUCGCCGGACUCCCUGAACGCCGAUCGCAGUGACAAGUCAGCGAUGGGCAGCGCAUCACCCCAAGCGCUCUACAAACUGGUGGUGCCGCUCCUCCGGUGCGAGGUCGUCGAUGUGCGAGAUGCCGCCGUGAAUGCCUUGGGUCUGAUAAACCACGAUGCGCUCAAGGAUUUGAUGGAGGAGCUGGUGGUGUACAUCCGUGAGGCGGUGGACUGCAAGCAGGAGAACAUGCGCAGGCGACGGCGACGCGAUGCCCUGCGUCUGCAGGUGGUGCGAGUGCUGGAGAAGAUUGCCGAGAACGGAACAUUCGGUGUGAGCACCUGUGUGCUGGAACGCGACACGAUGUCGCUGCAUCCCACCUUUGUGCUGUAUAUCUCGGGCGCCAUGGGCUAUCUAACGUCUGAGACGGACAAGGAUAAUCUCAGCAUUCGCGAGGUGAAGGCCCACUUUUGCAAUUUCAUACGCAAAAUGAUUAAGAACUUCCCACUCGAGGCCUGUGCCACGCUACUCUCCCGAGUCCUGAAGCGUAAUCUCUUCAAUUUAUUUGCCGCCUGGUGCGGCAGCUUCUCCAAGCCACUUGGUUACACCAUGCAGAGCGACCAUACGCUCGAGGAGGAGAAGCUGCAGUUCAGCGCCCUGCAGGCCAUGUCAGCUCUGCUCUGUUGCGGUCAGAUCUUCAAUCCAUCGUAUCUACAAGAUGAUAGCAUUAUUUACAAGUGGCUGGACAUGCUGCUGACCUCCAAAAACGAAAAGAUUUACCAGCUGGCAAGGGAUACGGUCGUUCUGUUGCUGGAGUCCAAUCCGGAUAUCGGCCAACUAUUGGAAUGGGUCAUAGACCGUUGCUAUACAUCGACACCACGUGAGGCAGAUGCCUGUUUCCUGGCCCUGGCCUCGAUCUUUAGCGCCAAGGAAUAUCCGUGCGACCAUUACACAUCCGUGAUAACCGUGACGCUCCUGAUGACGGGCUGUCCUCGAGUUGAGGUUCAUGCCACGGCGUUGCAACUGCUGCAGAUCCUGGACAAGCGAUUCUUCGGCAGCGUGGUGGGCACUUUGCACAGUGACAGCGAUAAAGAGGAUGACAAGGUGGGCACCUUGGACGUCUUGCUGAGCAGCGCUUACUGUCGAUCCCAGCGCUUCCUGUCGAAACAACUGGCGCAGCUACGACCGGAACUUACCAUGUCCAUAUUUUCUGAAAUCACCCAUCGAUUCCAAAGUGCUCGAGAGGAUGUGCGUGCCCUGCUGCUACAGUGUCUCCUUCCCUGGCUGCAAAACAUGGAGCUGGUGGCCACAAGUGUGCCGCCCGCCACGCCCCUUUCCUACAUUAUGUAUUUUCCGGAUUCAGGGACGCGAGGACGACGCGAGGGCACCGGUUCAACGGAGGCAACGGAAAUGAUUCUGAACAAUCUCUUCUACAUCACAGCCAAGUUCUCCGACGCCCAUCCACGCGACAUCGAGGAGCUGUGGGGCACACUUUGCCAGUUCUGGCCGAACAAUCUGAAGGUUAUCCUGCGCUACUUGGUAAUCAUGAGUGGCAUGGCACCCACUGAACUGCUGCCCUAUGCCAAGCGAGUGGCACUUUAUCUGGUGCGGAGUUGUCCGGAUCGGUUGUUGGAUGAGCUCAUGGCCGAGCUGCAGACGGUGGAGACGCUCAACUGUCUGAUUGAGCGCACGGAGACGCCACCUUUCUACCGAUUGACCAGCAUGCGAAAGGCAUCCAGUCACAGUGCUGAUGGCCAAGCUGCAGGUGGCAUUAAUGACUCCAGGAUUCAGGACCUGGCUGUUGAAAAGGGCACAAUUCACACCAAGCGGCACAGCGGAGAGGAUCCCAUGAAAAUAGGAACCUGCAAAUCGGACAGCGGCAUUAGAGCCUACACACAAGCAGCCGCAGCUGCUGCCGCCGCUGCAGUUACUCCCGGCUCAAGUGGAAAUCGUCCACCUCGAGGCGCCGAUAAGAUUCGCGCCGCAUCGGGACCUUCCAUACUUCCUCGACCAGAGGAUAUACUGAUUAACGAUCCGGAGUUGCGGCAAGAGGAAAAUGUAGAGCUGCGCGGAACGUCGGAUGCUGCGCCAAACGGCCAUCCACAUCCACUGCCAAUGCCAGAAUAUGGAGGAUACUUUGCUCCACUCACUGAGUUUCUACCCGAUGUUAGUUUACCGAUCAGUGGGUUCCACAGAUGCAAUGUGGCCGUUAUGCUGCUCACCGACAUUGUAGUGGACGGCAUUCCGGGCAUCGACUGGACCCUUCACUUGCCCCUGAUGCUGCACAUCCUCUUCCUGGGACUGGACCACACGCGCAUCAUUGUGCGGGAGCAUUGCAAACAGCUGUGCGUCAAUCUGCUGAUCGUGCUGGCGGAGCACAAUGAUCACCUGACGGUGGCCCGCAUCCUUUUGAACAGUGAAACGAGUAAACUGGAUCUGGGACUCACGGUGCCAGCGCUGCCCGUGAUCGACAAUAACUUUACGGAGCUCCAUCAGCAAUUCGACAGCUAUCUGCUGCACGUAAGUCCCCAGGCGGCAGCCUAUGCCCUGCAGCACAAUCUUUCCAGCUCCACGAUCAUAGCAGCGCAUCACCAGAAUUUAUCACAAACGCCGCAGAGUCAGCAGCAGACGGGUUCGCAGAAUGGACAGACUACGACGCCCCCAGGUUUGACUGCUACUCCAGCUGCACUGCAAAUAAAUCCGAAUAACUCGGAGAAUUCGGAGGUACCGCUGAUCCAUCCCGAUGAGCAUGCUCCUCCACAACCGGGUCCCAGUAUGCCCAUUGCCCAUGUGAUCAAGAGCCUGCUGAAGUUCCUCGCACAGGACACGUGUCAGCCACUAUGGAACUAUGAGGAUAUUACGGCCAAGGUGUGGGCAGUAAAAUCUGCCGAGCAAUUAAGCUGCUUCCUCAAGCACAUGGUCAAGGUGUUUGCAGAUAGUUAUCCCCAAGCUCGCAUCGCCGAGCGCUGGGCGCAGACUGCCCUCCAGUUGGGUUUAUCCUGCUCAUCACGUCAUUACGCCGGUCGAUGUCUGCAGAUCUUCCGGGCGUUGAAUGUGCCCAUCAAUUCGAGAAUGCUAUCGGAUAUUCUCUCCAGACUGGUGGAAACCGUGGCGGAGCAGGGUGAGGACAUGCAGGGAUAUGUUACGGAGUUGCUUCUAACUCUAGAGGCUGCAGUGGAUAGUUUGGAUUCGGAUUUCCGACCCCUGGAUGUGAUGAAGGAUAUAUUCAAGAGCACCCCGAAUCUGAACAACAAGGAUGGAGGACCGAACUCCAUUUUGCCCGGCAAGAAAUCACCAUCGGGAAUGACGCCACAAUCAUCGAACUACUCGAUUCCCAGUCAUGGAAGGAGUACCAGUUACUCGGUAUCCUAUUGCGGACGAAAGGCAAACAAUUCACCCUGUGACAAGCAGGUGGAGCUGAGGAAUCGAUCCUCUGGAAUCGAUCUAGAGCGCAGCGUCGUCUGCAAGUUCGGCGUUGGCGGCGGAGGAGCUGGAUCAGCACUUUCCCGUUCCCGGAGCGCCCAGAGUCUGAAGAUGCUGGGUGAUACGGCCACGCAGGAUGAUAAGAUGACCAUUUUGGCGCAACUGUUUUGGCUCUCUGUUUCCCUGCUGGAAUCGGACUACGAACAUGAGUUCAUGUUGGCACUCCGUCUGCUGACCAGGGUAUUGCAUCGACUUCCAUUAGAUCGGCCAGAUGCACGGGAUAAGGUGGAGAAGUUGCAGCAGCAGCUAAAGUGGACAGCCUAUCCGGGUGUUCAUGCCCUCCUCUUGAAGGGCUGCACACACAGUGCCACGUAUGAACCCACCAUUACCCUGCUGUCCCAAUUCGCACCGUUACUGACCCUUCCCGUUUGUGAUCCCACCCAAAGCUGCGCCUUCCCCAUGAAUGUAAUCGCCCUGUUGCCCUACAUGUUGCUGCACUACGAGGAUGCCAAUGAAAUUUGCAUUCGCAGUGCAGAAAACAUUGCUCAGGUUUCAACGGAGCUGGGCGCAAAACUGGAGAACCUGGGCACUGUGAUGACACUCUACAGCCGAAAGACCUUCUGCAAGGAGUCGUUUCAGUGGACCAAGUGUGUGGUCAAGUACCUUCAUGACACCUAUGCGCACAUGGGACUCCACAUGGUGGCGUUUCUCAUCGAGGUUCUGGAAAAAGGGCCGCAGCAGGUGCAGGUGCCCGUACUGAAUGUUAUUCACUGCAUGCUACACUACGUGGAUUUGUCGGCGCCGCAGGCUCAGAGUAUAAAUGCCGACUUGCUGAGGGCGAUUGGAAAAUAUCUGGAUACGGCUUACUGGAAGGACUCGCUGAAGAUCCUGAAGCUGAUCGUGACCCGGAGCUCGUCCCUGCAGGUGGUGCCACCCAGCGACGGCAGCAGCGCCGGCUUAUCGUUCUCUUUCUAUGGCGCAUAUCCGGACUCGGAUAUGUUCUGUAAAAAGGAACUGGCCGGUCGCACUAUGGAGUUUACGUUCGACGUUUCGCAAACGCCACUGAUCGGUCGGCGCAUUCUGUUGAAGACGGAAGAGCCGGUAGCCGGCGGAGCCGUCUCCACCACGGGCAGCUCCUCGCUGAACUCCACUCUGACAAAUGCUACCACUGUGACGGUGGCGCCCAGUGCUGCCCAGCAGCAAACCAAUGUCCAGAUGCAACAGCAGCGUGCCAACACCAAUGUGGCGGCCCUGGCAGCCGCAGCAGCUGCCCAACACCAACAGCAGCAGCAUGCCAUCGGAGCUGGCAGCAGCGUGGUCGGAACACCCAACUCGCCGCGUCGGAGUGCCAGCCUCUCGCCGGCGGAUACGGUGCCACUGAGCGGAUGGAAACGACCCUGGAUGUCGCAGUGUCGAGUGCGUGAGUGUCUGGUCAAUCUGCUGACCACCUGCGGGCAGCGCGUCGGCUUGCCCAAGUCGCCAUCGGAUGAUUUCAUAAACUCAAUUUGCUCAAAGGUGAUCUUCAGCCAAUCCUCGGAUCUGAUGGAGCGCCAGUCUUCGGCCGCAUCGUCUACGGAAGAAACUUCCGGUCCUCAGGGUGACCUGAGCAGUGGGUCAAGGCGCGACGAUGGUCAGCCCGAUUUUACCGUCUUCAAGGACUUUGAUUUCCUGGAGUACGAGGACAGUAUUGCCGGUGAAUCCACGGACAACUUCAACUGGGGAGUUCGUCGUCAUCAGCUCUUCGAGGGCGAUGAGGAUCGCUUGAAUUGCGGCAGUGGCAUUGGUGGCUCCAUUAAAGGAGGUCACUCAUCCGCCUUUGAGGACAGCUUCAGUGAUAAGACUCCCAUUUUGAGUAAGAGGAAACGACAGAUUGCGGACGAUUCAUCCGACGAAGAGGCUGAAUCGGAAUCGCCUUUGGACGAGGAUCAUCGACAGUCGUUCCUGAAGUCCGGGUACAGUGCUGUGCCCCCCACAUCAUUGAGUCUUCGAGAGCGCAGGCGACGCAACUCGGUGUCGCGAAGCGAUACCAGUGGAUCCAGUGCUGGGGAUUUAGGUGACCUUACACCCUGUAAUGCCUCGCCACAUCUUCCGGGAAUCAUUCGAUUCUCCGCCGCCAUUCAUGAUGAGGCGGAAGAGAACUGGCGUCGCCAGGUGCAGGCUUUGUUGGUAAAUCAGCCAUCGGCCCACACCUCGGAACUACUGCAGCAGCUAUACAGACUGAUCAAGGAGCUUACUUUCAAAACGGUCAACAUUUCCAAGGAGGCGAAGAAGUUCUUUACCGGAAUUGGCUCACAACUGGGCAACAGGAUCUCGCUUUUCACGGAUUUGCUCAGUUCUCGGGCUGAUCCUCCUCAGGUUUGGUGCAGCGAGCUGCAGGCAACCUCACCCAAGCUCUUUGAGACGUUGCGCUUUAAUGUUUUGGAGGUGCAGGAGCAUUUGGAAACCUUCUUCGAUCGUAAAGAUCAGGUUUUGGAGUGUUUGGAUGCCGUGAAGACAAGUUGCAAACUGUCGCUCUUCAACGAGGCGGAUGUGGCUGCUUCUGGGCUGGAGUUGCCAAGCACCUCCAGUAUAGUCUAUAUGCCCUUCGAUCCAGCUUCCACUGAGGUGGUCCUCGACUUGGGCCGCUCGCUUUACAAACUGAUGUUCCAACUUUUGCUGCUCAUCGAAUCAAAUCAUAAGAUAUCCUCGAAUGUUGUUAAUCAUUUCCGUAUGAAUGAAGACAUGCACGACAUAUCCGAUCUCUAUGCCCUGGUACGCGAUGCCCUGGUGCGCUAUAUCAGCGAGGCCGAACUGGAUUGCUUGGAGUCAUCCACUUCGACGGAGGGCGAGCAUACACCAACGCCUUCGCCUGGCUUGCCUAUGACCCCAGAGGAAUUCGAGGCUGUCCUUACCGAGCACAUCGAUCUGCAGCGCUGGCCCAGCGCCAUAGCUCAUGUGCGACAGUAUCGACGGAUUUCAACUCUCAACGCUAGCGGUUAUCAAAACGUUACCAUAUUUAGCUAUAAUAGCGCGGACAAUCGACAGAAGUGGGAUGAAAUUUCCGUGAUACUAAAUGCUUAUGCGCAUGGUAUUAUGAAGGAUCGCACAGCAGAAGCCUUUAUAGUAUCCAAAUCCGACUCGGAGGUGUUCGAGAUCUAUGCCAUUCUGUCGGAAAACUUGUAUCAAGUAUCCAGCGCUCUGACUAACAUGGAGAUCAGCAUGAAGAGCUACUCGGCAGGCAGCGCAUCGGGCAAUUCGCAUCGCAGCGAACAGGACAUUGUGACAAAUCUUUAAAGUAAUCUGUAAACUAAGCUAAUCGCAGAAGUAGGCUCCCUUUUAUAUGUAAUCUUUUAGUGAGUAGGCAGCAUAUUAGACACUGCGGUGUACGUAAGCGAUCAUUACAAUGUAAGUUAGGUACGAUUCAAUAUAUUUAUCAAUUACAGCACAAU